AUGGCAGAAAGAUCCCGGAAUCGCGCAGUUUCAGCGCGGUGUCCUGUGAGGACUCGGUCGAGUACCGAUCUGACAAGCACAGUUGGCUACGACACCAUCAUCCAACAUCUGAACGAUGGCAGGAAGAACUGCAAAGAGUUUGAAGACUUUUUGAAGGAAAGGGCAAUUAUAGAAGAAAAAUACGGCAAAGAGCUCAUUAACUUGUCGAAGAAGAAGCCCUGUGGGCAGACAGAGCUGAACACGCUGAAGAGAUCCCUGGAUGUUUUCAAGCAACAGAUAGACAAUGUGGGGCAAGGUCACAUCCAGCUGGCGCAAACCCUUCGGGAGGAAGCAAAGAAAAUGGAGGACUUCAGGGAAAAGCAAAAACUGCAUCGGAAGAAGAUAGAGCUGAUUAUGGAGGCGAUUCACAAAAACAGGAAUUUGCAGUACAAGAAGACCAUGGAGGCCAGGCGGCUCUAUGAGCAGCGCUGCAGGGAUAAGGACGAGGCGGAGCAGGCUGUGCACCGCAACGCUAACCUGGUGACGCAGAAGCAGCAGGAGAAGCUGUUCCUGAAGCUGGCUCAGACAAAAUCGGCUCUGGAGGACUCUGACAGGGGUUACCAGCAGAGCGUGACCAUGCUGGAGAAGAUCCGUGAAGAAUGGCAGAAAGAGCACAUCAAAGCUUGUGAGUUCUUUGAGACUCAGGAGUGCGAGCGGAUCAACUACUUCCGCAAUGCCCUCUGGCUUCAUGUCAACCAGCUCUCCCAGGACUGCGUCCAGAAUGAUGAGAAAUAUGAGGAAAUCCGCAAGAGUUUAGAAAUGUGCAGCAUUGAGAAGGAUAUUGAUUUUUUUGUAAAUUUACGCAAAACUGGAAGUGCGGCCCCAGCUCCUGUUGUUUAUGAAAACUAUUACAACACACAAAGAAAUGCAACUCCUGUGAGAAGUCCGGUUCCUGUACCUAUAUCAAGGAGGGGACCUCCACCCACCCCAAGCAGCGUGCCGGGUGAGCCUGAUUACACCACGAUUGAUGGCUACAGCUUGAUACAUCACUAACAGCUGCAGCAGAAGACACUGUUGGUGUGGCCAGCAUGGCAGAGGUGGUGUUUCCAGUUAUUCCCAGCCACACCGAGCUGAAGUGCUUCUCAGUUUUAAGCAAUUAUUUGAGGACUCUGAUAAUUAUUUGUACGUUCAGAAAGUGCCUACUAAAAAUCUGUGCCUUGAUCAGCAAACUCCUCAGGCAGUUAUCCCAUCUUCAUACUCAGGGGAAGAAAAGGAAUAUAAGCAAUGGACCUGGACACAGGGUGAUCUUCUGUGUCGGAAUAAGUUUUUGAUGUGAAGUUCUUCUGAAGUGCAGCCAUCUGGGAGAGGCUGGAGCCUCCCAUGCUCCAGAUAACUAGAGAAGUCAUAGGUGCUGAGGGGAGCGUUGCGAUGCUUUGGGCACGCUGGCUUGUGUCUGGGGCACUUGCAUUGCAGGUUGCACUUUUGCCUCUUUCUCAAGUAUUUCAUUAAUGGGGAUUUAACUUGUAAUUUACAUUUAAUUUCGGACAUGUUUCUCAGGGAGCUCACUUAGAGGAGCACCAACCAUGGAGGAGACCAUAGGUCUGGCUUAGUUGUAGAUGUGCUCCAUGCUUAAGCGCUGAUACUGGAAGCUGAUUUGUGUCUCGCCUGGUGCAGCAGCCCACCGCGCAGCUAACUAGCGGGAGGCUGUGCCACCACAAACUUGCUGGGAAGUCCUGCACCCUACAGCAUUGUUGAGGAUCUGAGGGAAGUUGGUCAGCUCUUCCAGCCACUUCUCCAAUGAGGGGAUUGUGGGUUUUUUAGGCUCAUGGUAUAGCUUGUCCCUGGUAGGCUCUGGAGACCCCUAUCUGAUGAACUUCUGGGAGUCCCUGAACUUGGACUCAUUCUGGCUAUGCACCAUUGGAAAGAAACAGUUGGCCCAGAGCCAUGAAACUAAUUUUCCUGACCAGGUCUCCUCAAAGUUCAUGCCCUUUUUCUUACCUUAUACAUAAUUAUGGCUUUAAUUGAGAAGCUCACAUACCUCAGGGCUGCUGGUCUCUCUGAAGUCCCUGUGUGCAGUGUUGCUCAAUGGCUCCUCAUUGCCUUACAACACUGGACACGAGACACGGGGACCAGCACACAAUUUGGCUGUUGUGCUAAGGGUGACCAGUUGCUGCCAGGUGACUAGCCUGGGAGCAACACGAGUUGCUAGUUGUGUGAUCUUCUUCAAGUUGAAUCUGCGUGGCUUCAGUGUGUGCCUAUGCCUGCCGGUCCCUGGGGCUUUUGCUGUAUUUCCUCAUGUGAGCUUUAACAUCUGUCCUGCUGCAAUAUAAUGCACUGUGCAAAGUGCACGUGUCAAGUAAUCAGUUGUCCUAUUUUAUUUCUGAAAGACCAAGUGUACAAAUAUUCUUCUGAAGGAGCCUGCUGUAGUCUUAGUUCUUUAAAUGCAUAUUUUAAAAAUAAGUUUUGAGACUCGUGUGCUGGAUAUGUUUUUGGUUUUGGUUUUUUUUUAAUGGUUGUCACGUUCACUUUCUGUCAGAGUUGGGGCAGGUACCACUUUGAAAGCACCCUAGGGUGUGAGUUGGUGGUGUGAGUUGGGUGGUGUGAGUUGCCUCUCCUGGAAGGAAGCCUACAAGAGCAUAUCCCUGCUCAGCCUUUGUUUCAGUACGUGCUCAGUAUGAAGACAGUUGUGGGAGAGAACACCCCAGGGCAGGAAGGCCACCACAAGGACAAGUACUUGUGAUCAGCCAUGGACUGCAGACGACGCAGGGCUGUUGCCCCUGGGAGAGUAUCUACUCUACCAUACAUUGCGCUGUUUCCUUAUUGGGAUUUUUCAGCUUACUGUGCAGAGUAGACGAUGUUAGACUUUUCUGGAUGCAGAGGUUCCCAGUGAGGCUGAAACUUGGCUUGCACAUUCACUAAAUGCACAGAAGUAAUUCCAAAAUAGGGGUGCUGUUUCUGAAUACACCAGCUGUUUGAGUAGACCUAAAGACAAGUAAACCCAGACUUGGAAGAGGAGUGUCCAGACAUGGAGCUCCUGGGAAGCAAGUCUGUGUGACCACAACUGCUGAAAUGGCUUUUUAUCUUCAGCAUCUUCCCUUGCCUGGUUGUUUUCCAAGUGGUGCAGAGACUUUGGCCUCCUCCCAAGCCCCUGUGGAGGAGUCCAGCCUCCUCCCGGACCCCAAUGGGAGUGCCUGGCCUCCUCCCGGACCCCCAUGGGAGUGCCUGGCCUUCUCACAGACCUGGGAAGCUCCUUCCUUCCCUCCCCAGCGUGCCCCCCAGGGAGAGAGAGGCAACAAAUGCCUUAAUAAGACCACUGCUUUAAUAAGACAGAAUAAUAAGAAUACAGAUAGUGAAUAAAUCUUACGUCCCUUCAGUGGCUGGGCACCCAGCCUUCAGGCAGAGCUCUCCCUUUUUGGUCCUGCGAGCCAAUAUAUAAAUUAUCUCAAGAAAACAGCUCUACUGGUAAAAAAAGUUCACACAAGACCUUCUUGCUGCAUUAAAUCCAGUUGGUGGCCGGUCACAAGCGGAGUCCCCCAGGGCUCAGUUCUGGGCCCAGUUCCGUUUCACAUCGUUAUCCAUGACCUGGAUGAGGGGAUCGAGGGCACCCUCAGUCACUUUGCAGAUGACACCAAACUGGGGGAGAGCGUGGAUCUGCUGGGCGGGAGGAGGGCUCUGCACAGGGACCUGGCCAGGCUGGAUC